AUUGAAAAAGUGAAAAAAACAACUCUCAUAAACAAAAACAUGAGCUACACUUUCUUUCUCCUUUUGCUCACACUCGUCCACUCCACUUUCUCUUCAUUAGCUCCUACGGAUCGAGCCGCGCUCCAAUCCAUCAGAGACUCUUUAACCGACAUGCCUGGUUCAGCCUUCUUCUCCUCUUGGGACUUCACAGUCCCUGACCCUUGUUCCUCCUUCUCUGGCCUUACCUGCUCUUCUCUCGGCCGUGUCACCGGCUUAACUCUUGGCCCUAAUCUCUCAGGUUCUCUCUCCCCUUCCAUCUCCAUUCUAACACACUUAAACCUACUCAUUCUCUACCCCGGCUCAGUCACCGGUCCUCUCCCUCCUCGGUUCGAUUCCCUUCCUCUCCUUCGAGUCAUUUCCUUAACAAGAAACCGCUUAACCGGUCCUAUACCAGUUUCUUUCUCAUCUCUCUCAAAUCUCCACACUCUUGACCUUAGCUAUAACCAACUCUCAGGCUCUCUCCCUCCGUUUCUCACUACUCUUCCUCGACUCAAAGUCCUUGUUUUAGCCUCGAACCAUUUCUCCAACAACCUUAAACCUGUCUCUAGCCCAUUGUUCCAUUUAGACCUAAAGAUGAACCAAAUCUCCGGCCAACUCCCACUCGCUUUCCCCAUCACUCUCCGGUACUUAUCUCUCUCCGGUAACUCAAUGCAGGGCACAAUCAAUGCCUUAGAGCCAUUAACAGAGCUAAUAUACAUCGAUCUCAGCAUGAACCAAUUCACCGGCGCAAUCCCUAACUCACUCUUUAGUCCCACAAUCUCAACAAUGUUCCUACAACGAAACAACUUCACAUCCAUUGCCACCUCAACCGCCACGUCAUUAUUACCUCAGGGCUCCAUUGUUGAUCUGAGCCAUAACUCGAUCUCCGGAGAGUUACCUCCUGCGCUCGUCGGAGCAGAGGCUCUGUUCUUGAACAAUAACCGUCUCACAGGAGACAUUCCAGAGGAAUACGUCAAGAGCUUAAUCAACGGUACAACAAAACAGCUCUUCUUGCAACAUAACUACUUCACGAGAUUCCCUUGGAACUCUGGUCUCCAACUACCAGACUCUGUUUCGCUCUGUUUGUCAUAUAACUGUAUGGAGACAGAUCCAGUCGUUGGUUUGUCCACGUGUCCGAUCGAAGUUGCACCUCUGCUCUCAAGACCUGCUUCACAAUGUUCAAGAUUCUAUAAUCACAGCUCCACUGGUUAAAGAUCAGUUUUCGUUUGUUUUUUUUCUCAAAGAAAUUUGCAAAAAAUGACAAGUUUUUUA